UCCACAAUGACAUACCAGGUACACUUCCGUUCGUAUAGGAUUGUAUCAUCAAUGAAACCCUCAUUGCAUUCAUGGCGUCAAGUACGUCCCUCGCAUCCUCCCUAUAUGUUUCUCACUUCCUAUCGACAUGGAACGCUCGUGGCUUCGAGUUCGGCGCAGUGCUCUUCCUGGCCACAAUCUAUCCCAACACGCUGCUUCCAAUGUCAAUAUAUGCCCUAGUCCGUGCUCUUGCAGCUGUCGCCUUCUCUCCUAGCGUCGGCAAGUUCAUCGACGCGGGCAAUCGCCUGACUGUCAUUCGUAUCUCCAUCCUAGGACAGCGAGAUGCCGUCGCAGCAUCUUGCGGGAUAUUUCUUAUACUGUUCUACCAGAAGGAUGCGCUUCCCAACUCUACGCGGAUACUGCUACUCACCGUGCUGGCCUUGUUAGCAUGCGUGGAGAAGCUCUGCUCAAUCAUGAACACUGUGGCCGUGGAACGAGACUGGGUCGUUGUCAUUGCAAAUGAAGAUGAAGCGAGGCUUCAGAUCUUGAACGCGCAAAUGCGGCGGAUCGAUCUCUUUUGCAAGCUGGUAGCGCCACUAGCCGUGGCUUUACUACAUGGAUGGUCUCCCAAUAUUGCUGUUUGGUCGACCUUGGGUACCAACGUCAUUUCGGUCGGUGCUGAGUAUUUCCUCAUUGCAAGAGUGUUCAAUCGCGUUCCAGAAUUGGCGGAACACAGGGGCCCCUCGGCAGUUGGUAAUGAUGACCUUGACGGUAUUGAGCGCUCUUCAGAGCAGGCGCAACCAUCUGCGGGAAAUUCUUUCUUCGCACGAUAUUUGGCACCGGUCGUUCACCCGCUCAACAUCUAUGUUCGACAGACGGCUUUCCUACCUUCCUUUUCCUUAUGCAUGCUACAUUUGACCGUGUUAUCUUUCGCAGGUCAAAUGACGACGUUUCUAUUGGCCGUGCCACAACCAAAAAUCACCUCUACAACGGUGGGUGUUUUGAGGACGAUUGCCACAGUGUCGGAGCUUUCUGCGACAUUCCUGGCUCCGAGAAUAAUGUCGCAGAUUGGUCCAGUACGGAGUGGGAUAUGGUUCCUGUCAUGGCAGCUAACAUGGUUGACUUGCGCCGUCGGGAUUCUCUGGUUCGAUAUGCCUGCGUCUCCGCGAGCGGCCGUACCAAUAUUCGUUUCGGGUGUUAUUCUGUCUCGAUCUGGGCUAUGGUCUUUCGAUCUUUGCGCACAGCAGAUGAUACAAGAAUCUAUAACAGCAUCUCACCGUGGGACCUUCUCAUCAGUCGAGAUGUCCCUGCAGAAUUUCUUUGAACUAUGCGCUUUUGCGACAACAAUCAUUUUUCCUCGACCAAACCAGUUCGGAUAUCCGGCACUGGUUUCACUUGUGGCCCUCUAUUGUUCUGCUGUCUUGUACGCCAAAUUCGUCCGAGACCGUCGUGGACAUCUUUUGCACAUGCCAUCAUGCCUCAAGAAGGCUCGAGAACACCAAUAUCAGUCCCUGUCGUCGUCGGAAAUCGACUAAAGACUGGCUGUUACAAAUCCCAUUUAUCAUUGGACGAUCCCAGCCAUUAGGCCAUGUGUCAAGCAGAUGCAUUAUCCAGACACGGUACCGGCAAGCUGCAGCAUCGUCUCUCCUGUGAUGCCAAGCGGGAGUUGCAGGGCGUUGCUUACCUAGCCUGCAACACGCAGGCAGCAGUCGCAUACUGGACAUACUUGGACCGCUAGCCGGGCAUCAAUCGGGUUAUAAAAUGCGCUGGGAGAUUUCCCCGCGUGCAACGCAAUUUC